AUGGGCCAUUCACCAUCUCUAACUUGGCAAGGAAUAAGAUGGGGUCGAGAGUUGUUGAUUAAAGAGCUGAGAUGGAAAAUUGGUGAAGGUAGAUCUAUUCGAUGUGGCCUUGACCCUUUGAUCCAAGGUCAUUCUACUUUCCUUCCAAUCUUCUACUCGGGGCCUUCACAUGGUGUUGUGGGGAAUCUCAUCACCGAAGAGAGACAAUGGAAUAUCCCUUUAUUGCAGCAGUAUUUUUGCCAACUUGAUUUGGAGAGAAUUCUCACAAUUCCUUUGAGCUACUUCGACACUAACAAAAAUCUCAUUUCCAGCUCCACAUCGGAAUUAGCUUGGUGGAAACUGUUCCGGUCACUUCAAAUCCCUCAAAAGGUCAAGAUUUUUGCUUGGCAUAUCACUCAUGAUGCUCUUCCCGUGGCCACCUCACUUGUUCGAAGGAAAAUUAUCACUGAUUUCACAUGCUCCAUCUGCAAACAAGCUUGGGAAACAACGGGACACGCUCUAUUUAACUGUAAGUACGCUAAAGCAGUUUGGAGAUCUCUCAACUACAACUUCGAUUGGCAUGCGUGUACUUCAAUGAGAAAUGGUGAUUUCUUGAUCCAUCUCUCAUUAGUCUACAACAAAGCUGAACUUGAGCAACUCUUUUGUACACUUUGGGCGAUUUGGACUGAACGAAACAAGACCGUGAUUCCCCAAAUUCCACCAGCCCCCGUUCCAUGGUCCUCACGACCAGCUGGAGCUUUUAAGCUUAAUAUAGAUGCAGCAGUCAAUGCCUCUACAUUCACCACUGGUGUGGGAGCGAUUCUUCGGGAUUCUGCUGGAAUCGUAAUGGCUGCUCUUGCUAAUCAUUGGGAAUUUCAAGUCUCAUGA